AUGGAGGAAAUGAUCCCUAAGAUGGACAAAUCAACUUGGGAGAAAUCUCUUCAUGACCUUUUUAUUAAAAAUAACAUUUCUUUCAAUGUUGUUCAAUCGGAUGCUUUCAUCAAUUUUGUGAAGUGCACAUCCCGUUAUGGUCCUAGUGUUCCUAUUCCAAGUUAUGGAACCCUUCGUGGAAGAAUAAUUUCUGAAGCAAGAAAGGACCUUGAAAAAUAUGCUGAAGAAGUAAAAUUUUCUUGGAAGCAAACUGGUUGCACAUUCAUGUCUGAUUCAUGGACUGACUUGAAGAAGCGGUCUUUUCUUAAUGUGAUUGGUUAUUCCCCGGGUGGUGCUCUCUUUUUGAAGUCAGAGGAGUGUUCUCAUGCUAGAUUGACUGCUUCUUAUAUAUUUGAUAUUCUUGACAGAGAGAUUCAAAGUAUUGGCCCAAAUUUAGUGGUUCAGCUAAUUUCAGAAAAUGCAUCCAAUUAUUCAAGUGCACUUGAUAUGCUUAUUGGAAAGUAUCGUUGGUUGUUUAAGACUCGAUGUGCAGCCUAUGGUAUCAAUCUAAUGUUGAAGGAUAUCUAUGAAAAGGUUUUUUGGGUUCAAGAAAUUUUUGAUGAGGCGACAAGAAUUAUUGACUACUUGUACAAGUCAAUAAUUGUCUUACAGUUGAUGAGGAGUUUCACAAACAAGGAUCUAAAAUAUCCUUGCAAAACUAGAUUUGCUUCAAAAUUUUUAAUGUUUCAGUCAAUUGUUGAAGUGGAAGAGAAGCUUGGACUCCUAGUUGCAUCAGCUGAGUGGAGGAGUCUAAGAAAUUCGAGAUCUUUUGAAGUAGAUCGAGUAGUGGACACUAUUCAAAGGGAGUCGUUUUGGAAUGAUUCAAAAGAGAUUUUGAGAUUUAUGGAACCAAUCAUUCGAGUUCUCCGUUUGGUUGAUGGUGAUGGGGCUACAUCAGGGUAUUUGUAUGAAGCAAUAGAAAGAGCAAGAGAAGUAUUGGAGAAGCUUUAUGAGGAAGACCACCGUGAAAGAUUCAAAAAGAUUCCUCAAAUGAAAGAUGCAACAAAUUUCAUUGGUGAGAUAGUGGUUCCACAAGAUGAGAGGAGAGAAUAUUAUGGACAACUGACAGGGUUUGUUGGCAUAUGCAAGGUGAUACUAUUCCUUAUCUUACAGAAGUAUGCCAUUCGAAUAUUGAGCCAACCAUGUAGUUCUUCGUCUUGUGAGAGAAAUUUGAGUGUCUGGGAUGCCGCACAAACAAAAAAGAGGAAUAGAUUGUCAGCAGCGAUGUUAGAUGAUUUAGUCUACGUCAGAAUGAAUUCGUUGAUGAUGGAAAAGAGGGGUGAACUUGAACAAAAAAACUUGUUGCCCAUUAAUCUUGACAGUAUUAGUGCCAAUGAUUUUGAUCAGAGCAUUGAGGACGUUGAUAAAGAGCUAGAGAGUUUAUUGGAUGAUGUGGAUGAUAGCAUCGCUGAAGACUUGCUAUUUGGUGCAAGUGCUAGUUUUACUGAGAGCGAGACUCAACCCUUAGAUAGUAUUAUCUGA